AUGGACGACGGUUUUUUGGAUCAAUACUCAAACAACACCGAUGCCGGGAUUGGCACAGUGCACAGUUGUCGAUAUUCAAAACAAAAUAAUGCCAUUCAAAGCAACCAAUUCCUCUCUUGUUGUACCUGUAUCAAGUGAGUAAAUCGUAAUUUUUUCAGUCAAGUGAAAAAAGUGUUACAACCUAACACUAUUAGCAGGCCAUAGUCAAAAUUGGCAAUCUUACACAUAUGUUUCUCCAUAAAAAAACAACACGCUUCCAUUUAAUGCAUUAUAGCAAUGGACAAAUACAACUGUAUGGAUUGUUUUCGGGUUUCAAUGGAGGAAGCACUACUGCGAAUUUUGUAAUGAAAAGAUUCGUACACGAGCUUUUUCAAGAAAAUCCGCUGGCUCCUGGUCUUACCCCUGUGCAGGUAUUUCAUAGAGAACUACCAAGUCUUGUUUAUAUUAUAUGUUCAGGUUAUGGAAGAAAUCAGAACAAAGUUCGAGAAAGUGGCCGAACGUUAUUUGAUGUCUUUAUCGGAUAUUUUGAAUGAACGGCUUCUCAAACUAGAAGAAGAGACGGAAAGUGGCAACAAUAGAGUAUCGGAGAUUAAUCAAAAGGUUUGUGAUGAACAUUUCACGUUCUAAUGUAUUUUUUAAAAUUUCAUUGCAUUCUCAGAUAAGACAAGGAUCCACUGCUCUGAUAGCCAUCAAAAUCAUACAAGAUUUGUACAUUUUGAACUGUGGCAGUUCCUUGUAAGCUUUUUGAUGUUUAAUAGCUGUCUGACCAUACAGAGUUGUAUGGAAACAAUAUUUUGCCUCAGUGUUCGGAAAUGUUUCGUUUUUUCCAGGGCUGGGCAAUUGACCGGCACGGGCUUUUCGUUGGCCGGCUCUUGACCUGGACUUUUGAACCACUUUUGAACCACGCCUGUUUUUCAGGCGCCUGAAAAGCAGGGCCUGUUUCUGUCAGGCGCCUGUUCAACCAGCCUAUUUAAUUCCAUACAGAUCUGUGAAUGUAGUUUCAUAAAAAUAUGAUGUCUGCUCAGAGCACUUGCAAUAACACAUGAGACUGCGGUCCAGCUAAAUGAUAACCUACACAAUAAGGAUAAUGCAGUGGAGAAUUCUCGAUUAAAAGCUCUUGGAAUCGAUCCUAGUGUACGUCUAGUUUCGAAAUGUAAAGUUGAGUAUGUAUUCCCUAAAUUCUAGACUGUUCUCAACCCCACUAGAGCUAUUGGCGAUUUGCAACGAACUCAUUUAUAUGAAGAGAGCAACGAUUUUUGCAAUGCUAACGGACCUCCAGUCAUCUCGACGCCUGAUAUUUGGCAUUAUAAAGUAAGAAUUGAAGCCCGUCUUUUAUUCUGUUGUUUUUUGUAGAUUGACAGCUCUUGGCAACAUCUGGUCCUUCUUUCUGACGGAGUUGUGCAGAAUUUGAAGGAAGCUGAGGUGGAUGACAUACCUACGUAAGUUUGGCUUUCUUUUCCGGCAGGAAAUAACUGUUAUCGCAUCUUCAGCGAAGUGUUUGUCCGAUUAAUCGAAGAUCAUACCUUGACAAGUACCGCACAAGCACUUGCGGAUGCAUUUGCAAGAAAACACUUUGAUGCUUUCAUCACGGCAAGUAUUUUUUGCAUUUCUACUCCAAACAAUUCUAGCUGACCUGGUAUAAUUGAAAUUUUCCCAGCGCUAAUAAAAAUUAAAAGUCCUAUUUUGCAGCGUCUGGGACUAUUAAAAAUUAGACAAAAAAAGAAGUUAUACUCGAGCUGAUUUCAAAGGUUUUGCCAUUUUUGUACUAGCUCUCAAAAACGUAUUGUCUUUACGAACUCAAUGUUCUGAUUACCUCAAUUUUUAAAAUUUGAAUAACUGUUUUUUCUCCUCUCUGUUCACGUCGCUAACUUUUGCAGAUGCAAAAGGAUACUUUAUGCUGCAUAAGCAACCAUCGUGAAGAAAUGGCUGUUGUAAUUGUGAAAUUAUCAACUGGCAGCCAAGAUCUUUAUGAAACAUUUGAUUCCGCUUUGUCCACGAUUGAUUCCACCAGCAAUACACUUUCGGGAACUUCACUCGUUCCUUAUGUCGAUGCUUCGCGAUUGACCACAGGCAAAAACUUUGAAAAGAUGAACAAAAUAAUUCUAUCGUCUUGA